AUGUCCAGAUACCUGGUGUAUAGGCAUAGUCUAGAGCCUGAGAGGCUGAAGGGGAAAAAGAUACUCGAGCUGGGCUCUGGAACAGGCCUGGUCGGCUUGGUGACGGCGAUGCUAGAGCCCUCGUCCGAAAUCUGGAUCACUGAUCAGGCCCCUCUCCUUGAACUGAUGGAGACCAACACUAGACUGAAUCUGGGCGAAGAGAAUGACAGUGUGCACGUCACAGAGUUCAACUGGGGCGAACCUGUCAGCAGCGAUAUCCCGAUCGAAGACAUCGAAGUCAUCUUAGCUGCAGACUGCGUCUAUUCUGAACCCGCCUUCCCUCUCCUCGUCCAAACCCUAUGCGACGUCGCCCCCCUCGGCAAAACCAUCGAAAUCUUAUUCUCCUACAACAAGCGACGCAAGGCCGACAAAAAGUUCUUUGCCAUGCUCAAGAAGCACUUUACGAAUGCGUUCGUGGAAGAUGACAAGCCUGGGGAGAGGGAGAGAUAUGGGAGGCAAGGUGUGAGCUUGAUGAGACUGACGCGGAAAAAGUAG